AAAUCUUUGUUUAUUUCUUCUCUCAAAAGUCAAUUUUCUACUCAAUAAGCAACAAUCAGAGGUUCAUAUACACACAUCUUCAAACCCCAAACAGGGAAUAUAUAUUUAUAAAAGCAACAAAAAAACAACAUUCUGUGUAAUGAUACUGAGUGAAUCCAUGUACUUCAUAAUCACUGAUUAUCAGAUAUUUGUGAGAAAUGUUGUGACAUUUGGUGCAUAUAUGAUGGUAAACUGGUGGAAUAAAUAUUUCUAGUUGGUAUUUUCUGCAUUUAACUGACGGUUUUUGCUUUGAGGCCCUCAGCUGGGGCCCAACAGUAAAUCUAACUAUUUUUUACUCGUAUUGAUAACUGGACGUCAGACAUGGAGAAAAAAACAUGAUUAGCUUUAUAAAUACUCCAUCGCAGUUUCAAACCUGAACUCUGCAAGUUCUGUGUUUUAAGUAAAAGUGUGUAAUAAUCUUCAUCGUUUUGCUCGUCAUCAGUAAACCUUUGAGCGGCUCGUACUUCCGUAUCUGCUUUUCCUAAAUUAGCUGAAGAAAGCGAACGUUUUCCGUCCCUCUGAGUGGAUUUAAUCUCUUCACUUCCUCUGGUUUGGCAGGAAAUAUUCUGCAUUCAGUUUCUGUUUUCUUCAGAUUAUCUGCUGUGUGUGUGUGUGUGUGUGUGUGUGUGUCUAUAACUGCAUGUGAAGAUCAGCUGAUGUAGUGAAAACGCAGAGUGAAAGCACUUGGAGGAAGGUGACUCAACUCGUUAUCUGACUGCCAUUGUUUUUGUCCCUCGCCGCGGAAAAAUGCAGCUCUUCCUCUUCCUCUCUCUGUUUCUCCCUCUCUCUCUCUCUUGUCGUUUUCUGAUUCCCUCGUUUCUCCCUCUCCGUCCUUCAGGCUCGCUGACGGUGUCCAUCACAGACAUGCGUGCUCCGGUGGUCGGGGGAUCCGGUGGCGUCUACGCUCUCUGCUCCGCGCAUCUGGCCAACGUCGUCAUGAACUGGGCCGGGAUGCGCUGUCCGUACAAACUGCUCCGCAUGAUCCUGGCGCUGGUCUGCAUGAGCUCGGAGGUGGGCCGCGCCGUCUGGCUGCGCUUCUCGCCGCCGGUGCCAUCGUCGGGGCCGCAGCCCAGCUUCAUGGCCCACCUGUCGGGCGCGGUGGUGGGCAUCAGCAUGGGGCUGCUCAUCCUGCGCAGCUACGAGGAGAGCCUGCAGAAGCAAUGCUCCUGGUGGGUCAUCGUCUUCUCCUUCAUCACCUUCCUCCUCUUCGCCAUCUUCUGGAACAUCUUCGCCUACGAGCUGCUGGGCGUUCAGAUCCCGCCGCCGCCAUGAUGGCGGCUCCGUUUGCUCCCGAUUCCACCAAACUGAAAACAAUCCACCCAGAAUAAUCGGUAACUCUUCAGCUGCAGGGCGAGCAGGAGACAAAAUACCCGACAUGGAGCAGUCUCUGUUUGUCCUUCAGUAAAUUAUGACACUUCUAAAGUUGCACUAAGUUUAUUUAAAGUGUAAACUUUGCAUUAUUCUGUAAAUUGUGACACUUUUUGUGCAAAGUUGCACCAAAAGUUGAAAUAAAAGUCCAUGAAAAGUGUCAUUAUUAACCGAAUGACUGACAGCCGUAACCGUUUCUGCAGACUCCUCCAUGUUGCCGUUUAUCGUGUUCAUGGCGGCGUUUCGUCGGCGCUGCGCUCAGAUGAAGCGUUACCGAAUCCUUUUUUACAGAAACUUUGCGAAUCAAAGAAAUGUUUCUCUUUUAUUAAAGAGGGAUUACAGUAGCAACAGCUGGAAGCUCCUCUGAGUUUCCGUCGUUUUUAUAUGAAUAUGUAGAAACCUCAUCCGCAUCAACCCGUAUUUGUUUUCCGUUUGCUUCGUUCAUGCAAAGACCUCAAACGAGAAGAUGCUGACAUCAUCACAUGUGCCUCUGGAAGGAAACGUUUCUGGCAGGUUUUCCUGCUGCAGCCAAAAACACAGCAGACAUCCAGAAGGAGCAGCUCAGAGUCUGAAACAGACUGGAGAUGCACCGAUCAGAUUGGAGUCGAUUUUCCAUUGAUUUGCUCUGAUCAGCUUGUCAUGUAAAACUUUUAUCGCAAAAACAGCACAAAGUCACCUAAAUUUAAAAAAAUAAAGCUUAAGACGCCA